GGUGCGAGGAAUGGCGACGCGGUUAUCAUGCAUGGCUCGGUUGUGUUGAAGAUAAAAAAAGCUUGGCAAGGUGGCGCGGUGGUAGGAAUCGAGAUGACGGUUUGGUAAACUAAACAGUGGAGAUAGAACGCGCAGUCCACGAGCUUGUUUGGAUCACUGUGAAACUGUGAUUUUUUAACUUCAUCGGAAUGGCAGCGGUCCCGCAGUAUCGGCGCGUAUGGAGAGAUUUUUUGGAAGCGUAUAUGUCGAUGCCGUGCUUGUGGCAAGUUCGAUGUCCAGAUUACGGAAAUCGUGAAAAAAGAGACGAGUGUUAUUACAAGUUAGCAGAAAUGUGUCGUCAAAUCGAACCAAUGGCGAACAAAGAAUUCGUUUUAAAAAAAAUUAAUUGUUAUAGAACGACUUUUCGUAAGGAACUGAAAAAAGCAUUGGACGCCCAAAGAAAAGGAUCACACUACGAACCUACAUUAUGGUACUACCGAAUACUUCUACCCGUAGCGGAACAGCAGCCCACAUCGCCUGUGGUAAAGGUGGAGAAGAUAGAAGACCAUUCAGCAAUUCAUUCAGCAAUGUUCAUCUUCCUGAUUGAGCUGUGCGGGAAAAUGAGAUAAACAUGUGGGAGAACAUGGAUAAAGUGCAAGAGAUUUUGCAAUGGAACAUGCGGUGAACAUGUGAGGAACCAGUGUGGGAAUUAUACGAGGAACAUGCGGAUAAAGUUUGAGAUACACGAGCGACUCUUGCAGAGCUACGAUUAUAAAAGGUGCUUGAAUAAGUUCUGUUUCAUAACAGUUGGCGUUAUCAGAACUACCUGCAGAUAAUUUC